GAACAGUGGCCAGCGGCAUGAAGAUCUCGGGCUAUGCUGCCACCACCCAAGGCAUCCUUUUAGAAGGUUCCAAGCUGGCAGAUGGCAACGGCCUUGUUGCCGUCUCCUGCCCUAUUCCAACCCAGUUCACACCGUUGGCAACUGCCUCACAAGACACUGCUGCGGAUCCCAUUCCCACCAGAGCUGCCACCAAGAAGGCGGGCUGGGAAGCCACGGAGUAUCAUGCGCCGCUGUGGCUGGAGCCGGGUCAGUACCCUAUGGACUUGGACCUGGGUCCCACGGAGCCCCCCUGA